CCGCCUGCAUAAAUAGGCAGCACACCAGCUCUAGCCCACACACGGACCCCCAACUUGGAGCUGUCUGCCUCGGCCAAGCUCUACCACGGCCAUGGCUCAGUCACUGGUUCUGAGCGUCCUUGUCCUGGUCCUGGCCUUCUGCAUACUCCAGAUCCAAGGCAGUGAUGGAGGGGCACAGGACUGCUGCCUCAAGUACAGCCAAAAGAAGAUUCCCAACAAAAUUGUCCUCAGCUACCGGAAGCAGGAACCAAGCCUGGGUUGCCCCAUCCCGGCUAUCCUGUUCUUGCCUCGGAAGAGCUCUCAGCCGGAGCUAUGUGCAGACCCUAAGGAGGCCUGGGUGCAGCAGCUGAUGAAGCGUCUGGACAAGUCACCAGCCCGCCAGGGCAGCAAGGACAAGAGGGCCUCCAAGUCUGACAAGAAGGGAAAGGGCUCCAAAGGCUCUAAGAGCCCUCUUCUGCCCUCCCAGGACGAAGACCCCAAAGGGGUUAUAGCCCAGUGACCAGCCUGGAGCCCAGGAGACCCCCACCAGUCUCACCAGGGCUUGGAGCCCCAACCCAAGGGACAAGAAGUGGGCCAGGAGAGAGGGAGGACUCGGGGGCCCCGGAGCAGCCACCCCAUGCUGACCUUGUCCAGCUUCUCACCCCUUCUCCAAUUUCAACCAGCCCUUCUGUACUCCCACCCUCCCCUACAUGGCUGAGAUGCCCACACCAGGCCAGGCCUAGAGAAGCAGAGAAGGGAAUGUCCUCCAGGAAGUGUGAGGGGGCAGCAGGACUGUCCCCUCUGAGGGAAGGUCACUCAGAGCCCUGGACCUGACCCUGCUCCCCUCUGCACCCCACCUAGUCUUUGUAAAUAUGAUUUAUACCUAAGCAAAUAAAGAGCCAUUCCAGCCUUCUUCCCAA